AUGAGCCAGAUGAUGUUCCAUAGCAACAACCCCUUUUCAUUGCUUGAUGCUGACGACGGCCCAGAAUCUACCAACUAUCCGGUAAUAGAGGCUCGUAAGACCACGAGCGAUGAGGAACAGAGGAGCGCCGGCGCUGUCAUCGCUCCUUUGGCCGGCUACGCAGCGAACGGACGAAUGAUCCGAACGCUUGGUCAAAUCUGGGCUCAAUCUGGAGAAGCUGUGUCUGCUUUCGUUGAGAAUAUCUUCGAGUCGGAGUACUUGGGCUAUGACUUGAAAGCCUUUGAAGGUCUUCCUGCCUGGGCCGUCCCGCUUCCCGAGGACUUCGACGAGGAGAAACAUGCUGGCCGGGCGACUCAUAAGUAUGCCUUAGAGAGGAGACUUCACGUCUGCAUUGAAGUUGACCCAUCGCCUAAGCAGGCCUGGCUCAAGCCCGUUUUGGAUACCACCAUGGAGAACUGGAUUCGCGACUCCAAGAAGCGUCUUUACGGCGUCAAUAAAUUAUGGGAAGCAUAUGACUUCCUCUGCUACUGGGCUCUGGAUGUAGCCAGAACUGGGACAACGUGUCCUCUCCUCUUUGCUUUGGGUAACUACACCCAAAACAGCAUCCGCAAUUUUUGUCUCUCUGUGAACGAACAGGUGAAGCUCUACGAGGAAUGUGUAGGCAAACAUGCGACCGGCACUGACGAAGGUUGGACCACGUACAAAGGCAAGGGCAAGGAGACCGUGGCUGGCAGCGUGAAACCUGCAUUUCGGGACGAUAAACUAAAUGACGAAGAUGGAGACAUCCGCUCUCGCAGUGUAGCUGCCGAACCUCAUGUUCCGAAGUGGCAUGGACACAGAUCUUCGAAUCUUACUAUCCGACACCAACGCGGGUCAACCUCAACCACGCCUUCUACCCCCACACCACGCCCACAAUUCAGCUUCACACAUCGACGUGCCGAGCAAAGCAACACCCCACAAGCCAAACCACCCAAGCCAGGCCCCGCAGCGCCGAAAACACCCGAAGACGCCAUCGCGCAGAUGGCCGAAGCGACGCGCCGCGGCCUGGCCGACCGCAGACCUGGCGUUCCAGCGGGAACUGUACGAGCGGUUCCCGCCGGGAGACGAGGGACGCGCCGCGGAGCUGCGGCAGUGGGCUCGUGCCGUUGGCGAGCAAGUCGAGGACUACAAGGCUGAGCGGGCGAAACACGCUCGUGCUGAUGCUAUUGCUCGAUAGGGUCAUGGGACUUAUGGCUGCUGAUCGGAGGGAGUAAUCAUGGAU